CCUUAUCUUAACGACAACAACUCUUGAUUAUAAAAACAAACCAUAAUUCUCUGAUAAAGAUUUAACAACUCAGUAUUUGUGUGAAUUUUAAGGCACAAAAACGUAAAAAACAUUCAAUUAUGUCAGAAUAUUUAAUCGCUGACACAGAAUACGGCAAAGUUCGUGGCGAGAAAAUUAUUUCAGAAGUUGGAGUUCCAUACAUUAGAUUUUUGGGAAUUCCAUAUGCAAAACCACCUGUUGAUAAUCUUCGAUUCCAGAAUCCCAUAAAACCGAGUGCAUGGGAGGGCGUGGUAGACGCAUUAGUCGAGCCCCCGCCAUGUGCAGGCAAAAAUAAUUACAUCAAGCAGUUCGUUGGGUCUGAUGACUGUUUAUAUUUGAAUAUCUAUACGAAGAACCUUAAUCCUGAGAAAAAAUGUGGCACAAUUGUUUACAUACAUGGAGGAGGUUUCAAAAGCGGAAGUUCAACUCUCUACUCAUAUAGCCCAGAUUACAUUCUCAUGUCAGAUGUCGUUUUUGUUAUCUUCAAUUAUCGUCUUGGACCAUUAGGCUUUGUCAACUUUAAUGACAAAAGUUUGAAUAUUCCCGGAAAUGCAGGCAUGAAAGACCAACAAAUGGCAAUGAGAUUUGUGCGUGAGAAUAUUCAACAUUUUGGUGGUGAUCCAGAGAAUAUAACAUUAAUGGGCCAUAGCAGUGGUGCAUCAAGUGUCGGAUUGCAUUGUGUGGCUGAAAGUUCAAAGGGAUUGUUUGAUAAAGCAGUUUUGAUGUCUGGAUCACCACUUGGACUUGAAUGUGAUAUUCUUCAAUUGAAUUGGACGAAGAGACUAGCUGAAAAGUUGGGAUAUGAUGGAGAUUUAGAAAAUGAUAAAGAUGUGCUUGACUUCUUAAACAAAGCGGAUGUAUUAAAGAUGUCUGAAGUUGGUGGUAAUCUAGCAACAGAAGAUGAGAAGAAAAAACUCGGAGUUGAAUUAGUAUUCGCUCCACAUAAGGAACUUUAUGGAACCGAUUCAACAUUUUUGUUGGAUUCUCCAAUUGAUUUGAUGAAGACUACAUGGAGUAAUGAUAUUGAUAUUAUGAUUGGAGCAACUGAAGACGAAGGAAUUGGCGAGACUGAAUGGAAUUAUAUGCAACAUGUUUUAACUGAACUUGUCAAUCCACUGGAUAGUCCAAAAGCUAUUGAAUUAGCAGAAAAAUUGAGGAGUUAUUAUGAAAAUGAAUUUAAAGAUCAGCAAAUAGCAUUUGAUAAGUUCAAAGCCGAUUCAUUCCGAUGGUGCAUCAUAACAAGACUCAUCAAAUCACGACAAUUAUCAGCUGGCAAAGGCAAGACAUACUUGUACAAAUUUGCUGUUGAUUCACCAACCCAAAAUCAUUAUCGCAAUCGAUGGUUUGGACUUGGUUCGAAAGGUGUUUCGCAUGCUGAUGAGCUUUCUUAUUUCUGGAAGAAUGGACAAGGUGAUGUGCCACCACUAGAUUCUAUGGAGUUUGAAGCUAUCAAACGUUUUACCUCAAUAUUUGCAUCGUUUGUGAAUACUGGAAAUCCAAAUAAUCCUGAAAUUGGAGAUGUUGAAUGGGAACCUGUCAAUAGUGAACCAUACAAAGGAUUGAUUAUUGAUCAAAAGCUAGCUAUUGACGUCUUGGAUGAAACCAAACGAUGUUUAGAGUUUUGGAACAAGCUUUUUGAAGAAAAUGGAGCUAAAUUUUGUUAAAAAUUCAUUUGAUGUGCUUGAAAUCUUACAAACUUUGUUAUCAACUCUAGACUUGUUUUUUAAAAUACUCUGAUAAUAAAAAAUAAAACCACUUGAAAUUCUUAACCAUUUCUCUUUUUAGCUCAUUUUUGA